AUGAAACAGACGGAGGAGGUAGAGGUAUCAAUUGAGUCAAAUACCAUUUGUCGGGGAUUAAGGGUGGUGGUGUUGAGGAUUGUAAAAAAGCAUGAGCAGCAAGAGGAAUGUGAUGAUGAAGUUCAAGAGACAUUACCUCCACGUCAAGUGAGUCGAAGCGAUGUUAAUAUUAGAGGAAGUCAACGGAGCACCCAAAGUCAGAAGACCCAAUCAAAAUCAAGAACGGUUGGCCUGAAAUCUUAUUUCAUGCCAAGGACUUCUGCAGGUGCUCAACCAACUAUCAAAAGUGCAUUGCAAACUAAAGAAGCUAAAGAGAAGACUGAUCUUGCUAUGUCAAAAUGGUUGAUUGAUGCCUGCCUCCCAUUUAAUGCGGUAAAUUCUAAAUUUUAUCAACAUGCCAUUGAUGCUAUUGCUAGUAUGGGUGCUGGUUACAAAGGGCCUAGCUUCCAUGACAUGCGUGGACAUCUAUUGACAAAGAAUGUUGCAGAAGUUAGAAACUUUGUUGAAAAUUUUCGUGCGAUUUGGAAAGAAACGGGAUGUACAAUAAUGGCUGAUGGAUGGACUGAUCAGUGCAGAAGAACACUAAUUAAUUUUCUGGUAUAUUGUCCAAAAGGUACAGUAUUCUUGAAAUCUAUUGAUGCCACUGAAGCUUCUAAGACUGCUAAUGUUUUAUAUAGUUUGUUUAGAGAAGUUGUACUUUUUGUUGGUGCUGAAAAUGUGGUGCAUAUGGUGACUGAUAACGCAGCUAAUUAUGUUGCUGCUGGAAGGUUGCUAGAGCAGGAAUUUCCUACACUUUAUUGGUCUCCUUGUGCCGCCCAUUGUUUGAACUUGAUGUUACAGGAUAAUGGUAAAUUGGGGGAGGUUAGUGAGUGUGUGUUUCAUGCUGCCAAGAUAACAAAGUAUGUUUAUAAUCAUACUUUCGUUUUGCAUUUGAUGAGAGAGCACACUGGUGGUAGAGAAAUUCUUCGUCCCGCCCCCACACGGUUUGCUACUAACUUUAUUGCUUUGGAAAGUAUUUUGUCGCAAAAGGAUGCCUUGCGUCAAAUGGUGACAUGUAAGGAAUGGAUGCAAUCAACAUAUUCAAGAGAUAGUAAAGGGAAGAAAUUUACUGACCUUGUAUUGGAUUCAUCAUUUUGGAAAGAAAGUGCCACCAUUGUUUACAUAACCAAGCCUCUAGUUCGUGUGUUGAGGUUGGUUGAUAGUGAAAAUAGGUCGGCUAUGGGUUAUAUGUAUGCUGCAAUUUGGAAAGCUAGAGGUGAAAUUUUAAAGAGAUUUGAAAGGAGGAAGAGAAGGGUUGCACCUUACAUAAGGAUCAUUGAUAGUCGGUGGGAUAGCCAACUUCAUACAAAUCUCCAUGCUGCCGGUUAUUGGAUAACCAAUAUGAUGUGA